CGAGAUUUAACCAUUCAAGGUCAAUGCUGAAGAGGCUACCGAUCGGAGUAUUUCGGGGAAUAAUAGCCUUAAGCACUGGUAUAAUAACUUACAAAUAUCAUUCACUUGUUGGUACAAUAGUUUACGCAAGUUCCGAUCAAAUGCUCGCCUAUAUUUUUAGUGUGACGGUGUUAGUAUGCAACCUACUGUUAACGAUGGUGACUAUCUAGUUGUUGAAAGGCUCUCAAUCAUUUUGGGACGUAUAAGAAGAGGAGAUGUUGUGAUUGCUGGUCAACGCAGAACGUAUGAUACUACGCAUGUUCUAAAACGUAUCAAAGGUCUUGGCGAUGACCGAGUUACUUUCUGGGACAAGAGUAAUUUGGAAAUCAUCGCUAAGCAGGUACCUCGAGGUCAUGUUUGGUUAGAAGGUGACAAUACAUUACAGUCAUUAGACUCAAGGUCUUAUGGCCCCGUCCCCAUUUCUCACUUAGAGUACAAAGUAUUUCUCCGUGUAUGGCCGUUAAGUCAUUUUGGACGCCUUCAAACACCAAAACCUGCUACUUGCACGACUGAUGAACCGUGCGACCCUGCAUUUGUACGUGGUUUAAAAUGAAGAGGAGAACAGAAAAAGGAUCAGGGUUUUUGAUAACCAUGUUCAUGGAGUUUUUUAUAUUUUAUUUGACUCUUAAUUAUUGACCACCGCUUUUGAAACUUUUCCAGUUCUUAAUACCUGUAUUUGAGGACAUUGUUUGGAGAGAUUAUGUGGAACCAAUGUCUUCUAUUUACUCUUUACUUCAUUCCUAACAUUCUGUGUUGUACAUAUUCCACUUCUUUGUGGGAAUUAUUUUCGUUGGUUUAAAUUUGAGAAGGUUUACUUUUAUUUGUAAAUUAUUGACUUUCAUGUGUAGAAAGCACGUAUUCUAGAACCUGUGUACAUACCUAGGAAUAUUUGACACUAGAAAAAAAAUACGAAAGCUACUAAAUAUUC